CCGCCGCCGCCUCCUCCUCCGCCUUCAGCACCGCCUAGUAGCAUGCAGCCUAUGACCUUUCAUACCUCUUUCAAUCCAUACUCCCAACCACCACCUCCCCCUCCGCCUCCACCACCUCCUCCUCCUCCUCCACCGCCGCCACCACCGCCACCACCUCCAGCAUCAUUCGACCACCUCCCAUUCAUCCCAGAAUGGGAAGUCAACACAGCCCACCAGUUCAUCCCCGCACGCUCCCUCGGCGUCCCAACCAAUGACAUCUCGAGCCACAUAGUCCGCAUUGUGCCCUUCCGACGCAACGUCUUCCUGAUGCGUCACCAAGCCUACGGGGCCGACUACCAAGAAUACGAGUGGCUCUUCCGCCACGCCGACACGGGCAUCUGGUACGAGAAGGCCAGCAAGUCGUCUUCGGCCAAGCUCGCCAAGUGCGACACGGAGCCCUUUUCGACCGCCCAGGACAAGGUGCUCGCGGUGCCGCACGCAAAGCCCCUCAGUCUUGAACUACCCAAGGUAUGGGCCUCUGCUGGUCUUACCACGCUACUCGACGACGUCAGUCGUGGCACCGACGCCGCUAGCUCCAGCGGGUCGCAGUACCAAAGCACCAGUCUCGCGCAGUCCGAAGCCAUGCCGCUUGUGUACUGCCUCGUCAUCAGCACCUUUGACGCCGACCACACCUUUCCGCAAGAAGCGCAUUACAAGGGCCGUCACAUCUACAAGCUGAUCAAGUGCGGGAGCCGCGAAGCGGCGGUGCUUGAGGCGUUUUAUGCCGCCGGCGUGCAUGGCUGGAAUGUCCUUUUCACGUGCGUGAUGCGGCUUGGAGACGAGUUUGAGGAGAAGCCGGGGAAGGCGAUGAAGGUGAGGUUGGCGCAGUUGGCGAGGGAGGAGGCGGAGGCGGAGAAGGAGGGGGUUAGGGUGUUCUAUUAAGAAGGUAAG